AUGAGCAACACACCCGUCCAGGACCCUCCAGCCCACAAGAUGUCUUCUAGUAGUGGUCAGAUCUUACCCUCUAGGCCUGCACAACCCAACUCUGAACCUCCAGCCUCUAAACGUGUGUGUUUCUACAAAAGCGGUGACUAUCAAUUCAUUGGGCAUCGUAUGAUAGUCACUGCCCGCACCUUCAAGACAUUUGAUGCCCUGCUGGAUGCUCUGUCCAAAAAAGUGCCUCUGCCGUUUGGUGUACGAACCAUAACCACACCUCGGGGAACUCACUUCGUCAAAGCUUUGGAAGACUUACAGGACGGAGGAGCUUAUGUGUGCUCAGAUCAGAAACGUGUGAAGCCACUAAAUCUGGAUGAGGUGAACCGUAGGCAGCUUCCUUGGAAUGCCACAAGGCCGCUCAAUGCAGGAGGGCGAAAGAGACCGAAGCUCCGCUUUCGUCAGUUUGAUAAUACAAGCAAGAGGCCACUGAAGGUCACAGAGAGAGCAUCUGUACGGACACCCAGGAAGCUCCUAGUUAUCAAAAACAGGGAUCCGACAGUUAGACAAUCUGUUGUCUUACAAAGAAAAACAGCACCAACGUUUGAUGCUUUACUGGAUUACCUCUCUCAGAUCCUCCAGUUUCCAGUGCUGAAACUCUACACCACAGAUGGUAGACGGGUUGAUGGCCUUGCUGCACUUAUCCUCUGCUCUGGAAUAAUUGUGGCAGCUGGCAAUGAGCCUUUCAGAUUAGGAAACCAGCGUUUUAACAGAGCAGGGCACACACCCCAGAUCAUGUAUGUGAACCACGAGGAACCAUUGCCAAUGCAACCUAAAAUGCAGAAGCGUAAGAAGUCCUUAUCCAGUGGAAGAGGCUCCAGAAAUUUCUCCAUCUCAUCAGAGCGAUUCAUCGUUAACCAGAUAAACAGCUCUCAGAAUGAAAGCUUGAAUGGCUACCUGCACCGUCCCAGCGGGCCAUCUGAAACAGAAGCUCAUCAGCAUCACGCAGCCAUGGAGACAUGUGGACCUGAGGGGGGAAAUAUUGAGCACAGUAACUACACCGUCCCUCAUGAUGACGACAUUGAGAAGUCUUUCCGCAUAAAUCAAGACGGCAGCAUGACAGUGGAGAUGAAAGUUCGUCUGACAAUCAAGGAGGAGGAGAUGCUUCACUGGACCACCACACUGAGCCGCUCCGGCCUGGCUAAGAAUACAGUAUGUGCCUCCCUUUCUGGGUCAGACAACAGCUCACCUGACUCAAAUGAUGCCUUUGCCAAAGACUCCACAGGUAUUCAAGAGCAUGAAAGAAAAGUAGAAAACUAUCAUGACAGAGGUACAAAAGGUGUUGCCUUUAAUGAUGAACGCAGCUACAAAAGCUACAGCUCGACAACUUUGGACAGAGAAAUAACACGGUUUAAGCGCACUCCAACACCAGGGCCACAACAUGUGAAUGAGAGGGCUUCUAUAGAGAGUAUGAAAAUGGUUACAGAGACAGAGGUUAAACAGAACACCCUGGGACAUUACUCAUAUAUGGAGAGAACUGCUGACGGCGAGACUACCGAAGGAUAUUGUGUUGUUAGACACAGCAGCAGCAACAAACCAGUCCCUAGAGCUCGUAGGACGCCAUUGUCAGGAGUGAGCAAAAGAAGCUCCUCUGCCGGAUCAUCGGGGGUCGCUGAGGUCCUUCACAUAAAAAAUGAUGGAAUGGAGGUUACAGAGACCGUGAUGCAUAUUUACGAGAGUCAGGGCUGCUAUGACAACUAUGUUGCAAAUGAGGAGUUCAGUGCAGAUGGCACUUCACCGGUGGCAGAAAGCAAACCAUCCACUACCUCAGGGCCUAACUUGUCCAGCAAUGACUGUGAUAUAGAUUUAAUGACACUGAGAGAUAACUUGGAAAGUUCCCAACUUGGGGAAGGGAACCAAUCAAGAACCCCUUCAGAGGCCAUGUUAAUGAUGGAGUCCCUGCAGAAGAUAUCUGCUUUAGAAGAUGAAGAAGAGCAAAGGGAAAGUCUUACCAACUUGCAAAGCAGAGCAUCUUCCAAACUAAGAGAGAGCUGGAAGGAUUUCCAGACUCUCAGGGAGAGGCUGGAGAGUGAACCACUCUCUCCCAGAGUUUCAGAGACUGAGUUUGCACUGGAUGUGGUCUCUGAAGGUGGUGAUGCAUUUGAUGAUCAACAAAUGGUCCUCAAUGAACUCAUGGAGGAGCUGAACAUGCCGCAAGACCUCAGAGAGGAGAUCGUCUCCACAAUCCAACAAACCAAAAGUUUCUACCCUGCUGAGGAGAGCACUUUUGUCGAGACUGUUAGAAACCAGUCAGAGUCAGAGGAAGAUGUAGAACGAUUUGUUGAGGAGUGUGAAGAGAAAACUAAAGAUUCAGCAGGUUCUAGAAGUACAACAAGCGACUCAACUGAGCAACAAAACCCUGACAGAGUCAACCGGGAUGAAAUGUCAAAAAAUAGUGGAGACUCAAAAAGAUAUGAAGCACUUACAAAUAAGAGGCAAGAUGAAGAAAAGAUAAGUCAUUUUGGAAAGAAAACAGAUUUAGAUGUGAAGGAAAAUGAGUACUUGAAAAGUGAAUCGGACACAAAGAAGGAGGUGAAAACAGAGAUGUUGGAAGAUUCAGAGGAAGGGAAGGCAAGUGUUGGGAAAUCUGCCAACAAAAUAGAGGAAGAUAAAACAUGGAAUGGAGAGGUUACAGAGCAGAGAUCAGAGGAAGAAACAAAUUUUGAAAAUGAGGAAACAGGAAAUGAGGAUAGUGUUGAAGAUACAGAUGAGCGGGAGGGGGAAUGUGAGACAGAGGAGGAAGGAAACUGUCAGGAUAGGGAGACUGAAGAAACUAUGAAAAAUGAAGAGGAAAUAAAUGAAGUGGUGGUAGAGGAAGAGGAGAAUGGGGAGGAACAGGAGGGGGAGCAGGGGGAGGAUUAUGAGGAGUCAGAGGAGGAAGAAAACUGUCAGGAUAGGGAGCCUGAAGAAACUAUGAAAAAUAAUGCUGAGGAAAAAGAUGAGGACGAGGAAGUCCAGCUAACAGCUAGCGAUAGUGAAGGAAGCAGGGAAGAGGAGAUGGAAAAUAAGGAAGACGAAAAGAGUGAAUAUGAAGAAGAAAAGGAAAGUGAGAAUGAAUCAGAUGGAAAAAAGAAUGAUGAGUUUGAAGAUGAGGAAAAUGACUCAGCUGAUGGGGUUUUGAUUGAUCGAGGGAGAUGGCUUCUUAAGGAAAACCAUCUCAUAAGAAAAUCCCCCCCGGUCUCGCUGGGAAUGUACAGUAAUCUGGACAGCACAUCUACAGACACAGGCCAGGAAAAUGGAAGCAUAGACUCCCCUUCAUAUUCUAAAACCAAGCACAGACCCCUUGCUACAAUAUCUUCCUCAGAGCUCGAGGAGAUGGCCAAGCCUUUGACUCCAAAAUGCACCUACUACAACAUGCCACAUGGAAGCGAUUCCGACCCAUUCUUAGAUGAUCUAAGUGUCAGGAGCAUGAAACACGAUGCAAGCAGCAUAAAAGCAAGAGGCUUCAGGGUCUCGCCAACUGUUGACACAUCCAAAACUUGGGCUAAUAGAAAUGGCAGUCUGUCGUCAUUUGCUUCAGUUGAGUUUAAAAUCCCAGACAGAAAAGUGCAUCCGGAGGUUGUGUCCUCUGCAGUAACAGAGCCAAGAAGGACAUCCAAUGGUGAACAGGGUGCACUGCAAGCUCAGGACUCCUUGGACUCUCUGCAUUUAAGAUGUGGGCAAUACUGCCCUAUAUUAUAA